AUAGUACAUUAUUUGAAGUGAGAUGGCAAAAUUUAUUACAAAAGUUUUCUCUUGCUGCAAAUUACUUAAAUCGGGUUUUAUAUCCAAGUCACCAUGCGUGGGCCUGUGCUUUUACAUCCAAGAUCUUUACUGCUGGAGUUCAAACGACAUCACACAUAGAAGGGUAUAAUAGCAUUAUAAAACGAGUAUUACACAGUAAUAGCAGCUUAUGUGAUUUGGUAAAAACCUUAGAUGAAAGACUAGAAAAAGAGGCAGAAUGGAAUCAUUUCUUCAAAUAUCAGACUCUAACUAACUGUAUUGGAAUUAUCUCUGUUGGAAGCGAAAUGUUUUCUGUAAUUAGUCAUGUGAUGAUGGAGUACUUGACGCCACAUAUUCUUUCUGUUGAAUACGUUGAAAUGGCCCAGUGUUUGUAUUUUAAUGCAAUAAGAACUGGAGUAGAAAUAGUCGAUUCAUAUAACAAGGAUGAAAAUGUAGGUGAUAAAUUCAUAGAAGACAUUUAUAAUGCAAGGCAAAUUCUAUUAAAUUCAAUGGUCAUGGAAGUUGAUCAAACAAAUAUCAAAGAAAUUUGGCAACUCAUGGACAAGCGGCCAGGAAACAAUAAACAAAAGCAUUUUGUUGUUAUUACAGAUUCUGUACUUUUAGUAUCAAAAGUUGCUGGCUUUCAUAUUAGAAUAAUAGCAUCACGUUGGUAUUGUGACAAUAAAAAAGAAACAAUAGAUCAAUCAAAAGUGAUUUUCAUAAAUGAGCAUGCUAUCCAAAUUCAACAAAAUCAACCUACACUAAUAAUUCCCCAACCAAAUGUCGUACCUCAUUCAGUAGCCACAACAACACAGCUUGCAGUGGAGUGUUAUGAUAAUAAGAUGGCCCAAUGGCUAAGAACAUUUAUCAAUCAAAAAAAGCAGUUUCUUGAAAACAAAAGAUCAUCUGAUGAGGUUAAUGAAAGCGAGAAAGAGGAUAGUACAACAAUUGCCAACCCACCAGUCAUCAAACAUAGAGAGAGGCCUGAAACCAAGCGAUAUAAAUCUGCUAUAGAGAAUGCACAACGACAACUAUAUACUUGUCGAACCUGUAGUAAA